AUGGACUCAGCUUUUGGUUUAGUAGGAAAAGAUUUCGUAAUUGUUGCCACUGACUGUUCAGUUGCUUAUUCCAUCCUUAAGUUGAAGGAUAAGGAAGAUAAAAUCUCAUUGUUAGAUUAAAAUAAAGUUAUGGCUUUGAGCGGUGAACAAGCCUAUCGUUUGUAAUUCUCUGAUUAUAUUGCUAAAAAUAUUGCUUUAAAUAAAUAUCGUAACGGUACAGAAUUUAACACCAAGGAAUGUGCUGAGUUUGUUAGAUCUGAACUAGCUUAUGGUAUCAGAAAUGGUCCCUUCAUGGUUAAUUGUCUUAUUGCAGGUUUUGAUAAUAAUUAACCUUAAUUAUAUUGGGUUGACUAUAUGGGAACUCUCGUUAAAAGUGUUAAAGCUGCUCAUGGAUAUGCUGCUCACUUUGUUUUGAGUACACUCGAUCAUGACUACAAGCCCAAUUUGACUUUAGAUGAAGGAAUAGCUAUUAUAAAGCGUUGCAUCAAUGAAUUAAAAACAAGAUUCUUGAUUUCACAAAGCCAUUUUAUUGCUAAGAUAGUCACUCCCGCUGGUAUUUAAGUUCUUGAAUUGUGA